GUGAGUAGGCUCAAACCAGUCUCGCUGAGCCGUGCAGUCUCUCGCAUAAAAAGAUAAAGGUGUUCCACUUGUCUGCGCGGAUUAACUGAAUGCAUCUUUUUACAUGUUAUAUAAUAGGUUGUGAGAAAACAUCUGCACCUCUGUUCGUCUUCUGACCGACAACAGGCUUUAUAUUUUUACGGAAGUCUGGCUGCAUUGAGGGGACAGCCAGACAACCAAUCAACUAUUCUGCUAGUCAGUCAGAUAUACACGUAGCCAACUGCAGAGAGAUACUCACCCACACGUCCACUGUGUCGGACGUGCGCGCGGGCCGAGCCACGGUAGCAGUCACUCAGGUCUGCUGAUUAUCCCGCAGAGCCGCAGAGUCACAGGAGAGACAGAGGGUGCUGUUUGGGAAAGGCUGUCCCGCAGUGAUGGCUGAUCCAGACCCAUCGUCCCCCUCAGAGCCCCCGCUGCGCUCCCCACGCACCCCUCUCUCCCUGUCCUUCCCCUUCCUGAGGGAGGGCAGCCGGGUGUGGGAGAGGAAGCCCCCCCAGCCGGGGGAGCUGCCCAGCCCCCUGCCCACCAAGCGUACCCGCACAUACUCCGCCACGGUGCGGGCCACGUCGGGCCCCGUCUUCAAGGGCGUCUGCAAGACCUUCUCCAGGUCGCAGGGUCACGGCUUCAUCCGCCCCUCCAACGGCGGCGAGGACAUCUUCGUCCACAUCUCUGAUAUCGAGGGAGAAUAUGUGCCAAUGGAGGGAGAUGAGGUGACAUACAAGGUGUGCCCCAUCCCACCCAAAAAUUUGAAGAUCCAGGCCGUGGAGGUGGUAAUCACUCAUCUCAACCCUGGCUCGAAGCAUGAAACCUGGUCUGGGCAGAUAAUCAGCUCCUAGGCUUCACCACCGGCCUAGUGCUAUCAUGGAGUGGGCUGGUUGGAGGGGAGGGGGGUGGGAGGUUCUGGGCUUGGGGGUUUAAAGGGGAAAUGGGGAAAUUAUGAGAGGGAAGGGGAGCAUUGGAUUGUGGGAAAUAGCAGGGGGUAUCUAAGGAAGUGAGAGGAUGAGGUGAAUACUGAGGUGGAAGUUUGAGUUUGCUGAUGGUUGAAGUUAUGUUCAGUGUUGAAACAAAAUGGAAGUGAGGAGUGGAGAAGGAAAGAGGGUAGAUACAUUUUAUGGGCGUAGCACAGGGAGGUCUUGGGUGGUACCUGAAGAAUGUGUUUAUGGUGCUGUGGUUGACAGGGAGAAAGAGAUGUGAUGGAGUAUGUUGGGCAGGCAGACAACAGAGAGAUAGAUGAGAAGAGGUAGACAAGAAGAUUAGGUUAUGGUAUUAGGUAAAUACAUAUAUUUUACUGUGAAAAGAAAAGCAACAAUUCUUCCUGAAUUCCAUCAUCCCAGUCCGUAUUUGUAUUUUUUACCUUUAUUUAUAUAUUUAUUUAAUUAUUUAUUUUCAAUCAUGACUACAGGUUUUCUAUUAUUUCAGUUGUGUUCCUGUCUUGGAGUUACUAGUAUUCAUUUCAGAGUUUGCGCUCUGUACAGACUUCUAUCCGAUUCACUGCCUCUGGGCUUUGUAGUCAAAAGAUUGCACAUAACCACAGACUAUGAUAAGUGCUGCCAAACUGACUACAAGUCCCAUGGCUAAUGUCAGGACUAUUCAGGGUAGAUCAUUUAGAACUGUAGUCCAAUUUGUGAAUGUGGACCAUUUACUUAAGAAAGUAAAUUACUGGUAAUUAACAGGGUACAAA